AUGAAACCUAGACAACCAUUCAGACCUCAACAACAACAAUAUAAUCCUUACUUUAACACCUAUAAUCCUAGUUGGAGAGAUCAUAUAAACUUGAGACAACAACAACAAUUCCAACCCAACAAGAAGGAUUGGAGCAAGCUACUUGAGGAUGCUCUAUGGGCUUACCAGACCACUUACCAACCAACUUUGGGGAUAUCUCCCUAUAGGGUGGUUUCUGGUAAGACUUGCCAUCUUCUAGUGGAGAUUGAGCAUCGUGCUUAUUGGGCGGUGAAGAGUUGUAACAUGGCACUUGAUGAAACGAGUAUGGAAAGGAAGCUUCAAUUGCAAGAACUUGAGGAGAUUCGCUUAGAAGCCUAUAAGAACUCCAAGAUUUACAAGGAGAAAAUGAAGAGGUUUCAUGACUCUAGUACUCUUAGGAAGGAGUUCUAUAUUGGCCAAAAAGUGCUCAUGUUUAACUCUCGCCUUAAGCUUAUUUCCGGUAAACUUCGAUCUAGAUGGGAUGAACCUAUUGUUAUUACUAAUGUUUUUUCCCAUGAUGUAGUUGAGAUUAAAAAUGAAUUUACUGGCAAAGUCUUCAAAGUGAACGAUCACCAACUCAAGCUUUUUCAUGAGAUCCCUCAAAUGGAGGAGGAAUUUGUGGCGGACCUCUCUUUGGUCUUCCCAAUUUUAUAUGAUGAUGUGCCUCGAAUGGCACUUGAGGAGUUUCCUUCCCUUUUCUUUUAUAUGUCGUCUCUUUGUUUGCAUGUCAUUACAUGCUCAAAUUGA